AUGUUGAACUUGCAGAAUCUAAGCGAGUUGGUGAAUAUAUGUGUGGGGCCUAAACAUAUCAUAUACCUCCAUAGUCUUCAGGAGCUAUACAUUAGUGGAUGCAAAAAGCUCAAAGUUAUCUUCUCCACUUCUACAGUGCAAAGCCUCCCAAUGUUGACGGAACUAAGAAUAUCAAAAUGUGAGGAAUUAGUUAACAUUGUUGAAAAAGAUUAUGAAACAAAUGAUGAUGAUCAUCAUUUGUGCCAUGAACCAUGCUUUCCCAACUUAGAACAAGUCUCUGUCAAUGAUUGUGACAAAUUGAGGUACUUGUUCUCUAUCACUGUUUCUAGUAUCCUUCCAAAACUAAGAUCUUUGGAGAUAAGUAGAGCCAAUGAACUUGAGCAUGUAUUGGUAAGACAAGGAGAGAUGAAAGAGAUGGUCAUGAAGGAUGUGCUUCAACAAUUACAUCAAUUGGAGCUCAUAUAUCUUCCCAACCUUGUUAGUCUCUGCCAUGGGAUUGAUUUUCAAACUUUGAAAGGAGACUAUAACACGAAAGUGGAUGAUUGUCCCAAGUUUUCUUUUUAUGAAAUUUCAACUACCCAACUUCAAGUAGGCCCUGAAACAACAUAUUCUCAAGUUGAAGAAAAAGCAAAGGAGAAGCUUUCUUCUCAUCUCAGUACCGAACAAUUUUUAAAUAUAGGAGAAACAACACAACAAUCCCUCACGGAGAAGGCGCCAAUUCAUAGAAGUUCCAACUUCACUGUUCUUCCUACAAGAGACAAGACUCAUGCAAGUGCCAAGAUUUUUGAAGAGGAAGAGGAAGAGGAAGAUGAUGUUCAAGCUUCUAACAAAUCUCUUGGCCAUGCCAUCGUCCCAAGUGGAAAUGGUAAUAUAAGAGUUGAUACAGAAACUACAACCACUCAAUUUUCUGAUGACUGUAAAAAUCAAGAUUCUAAAAUUUGGGGAGAGCCAGAGCAGAAUCUUUUUUUCCAUACAAAUGGAAGACAAGCCUUAGAACCCCAACAAACCACAACUAGUUCCUCAAAUUUCACAAGAGGUAAUAAGGAAGAUGCAAAGGAGAUCGUCGAAGAGGGUAUUACUUUUGAGAAGCUGAAGAAGACAAAUUUAUCAUCUGACUCAAUUGUAAUAGGACAAUCAGAUGAGUUGAUGGGCAAAGUGGCGAGAAAUGAAAGAACCAUGAUUGAUCCAGAACAAUCUACAUUGGACUCACAGAAUUUUGCAAAGGCACAUUGGAUGGAUGAGUCAGUCAACAAAGAACUGAAAAUGGAAUCAAUCAUGAUGGAGCCACAGUCAAAAGAAGAAAUGACAAGACAUGGUACACAAUCUCAGGAGGAAGAGGAAAGAGAAGGUGGCUUGAUAACUACUCGAUAUCGUCAAAGUGACACAAAAGCAAAGAACUCUUUCCUAAAAGAAAAGCCCAAGACUUCCAUUCUUGGAGACCCGCUUGUGCCAUGUACGGCAACUGUUUCAAGUGAGCAAACUUCUAAGGCAAUCUCGCCACGAAGUGCUAAAUCUUCAAAAGCUUCACUCUGCAAGCCUACUGAUGAUAUUAAAGUUUCUGAUGAGCCUCCUGCCAAUGUCAUUGGUAAUGGUGUACCCAUUCCACGGUCAACGACUCGACACAAGGGUGUUAAUAAUGACAAGGACAUCAAUGAGACAAAUGUAACUCAAGAUGAAUCCAAGACAAAAAUGGCGUCCCGUGGUGGCCAACCAAAUUCAAGUGAGCAUGUGACUGAUGACCCAAGCAAUCUUUGGCAGAUGGAACAAGAGCUGUCAUGUUCUAGAGGCCAAAUUAAGCAUCCUGAUGUGACAAAGUCAUCAAAUAUUAAUACUGAGCAUGCACAAUCUUCGUUGCUUCCAUUUUCUACUCCUUCAGAUUCGGCACCUUCUGUUCUUGAGACUGACCAAGCUUUGAAUGUUAGUGGAGUGCAAGAGAUAGUUGAGAUGAUGAAAUUAGAGGGUUCUGAGACUUCUUUAUUGGAAGAGUCACUCAAGACUCACCCACAACUGCGUCUGUCUACAAAUGAUCGAAGCACCCAAAUGCUGUGCGUAUCCUAUAGGGUAUUGAUUGAUAUACUCCACAUUCUAACCACCAGAACACCCUUCACAAUCACUGAGGCAGACAAGAGGUUGUUGGAAGAGAAAUUAAAGGAUGCUCGUUUUGUUGGUUUUGAUAAGGACUGGCUUGAAUCUAUUAAGACUAAGGUUUUUAAUAGUGAUGUAUCUGAUUUUGAUGGCAUCCAAGAAAUUAUAACGGGUUUGGACAGUGAUCUCAAGACCAAUGAGGCAAUGCUUGCAGCUACUCGAAAUCAAGAGGUUAAGGCAGCUCAAGUGGCCGAAAUGGCUCAAAAGCACCUGGAAGCUGCGUUACAAGAGCAUGCAAAUGUGAUGGCAAAUCAUACUCAGCUUUUGAAGGCCCGACAAGAGAUUCUAGCAAGGCAAAACCAAUACAGGGAAAUGAUUGCUGCUAAAAAUAAACAUUUUGGAUUCUAG